CCGUGCCGAAAAAAGAAAGGAUCAUAAUUAGCCUGUUCUUGAGUUGACCGCGCAUGUUCUUGACUGUUUUUUUUUUUUGUUGUUGUUUUUCCUUCGUCUCCCGAAAUCCUCGUAGGUAACACGUCAGAGAUCAUCAACAACCGCAAUUGACCGCAUAGCUAAAGUUGUAUAAAGUCUUCGCUUCUUUACGCGUUGUCGACGCAAACUUUCGGCAUCAUAAGCCUCUUUCUCGCCUCACCUUUAUCCCCGUUCCAUAGAGAGAUUGGAAGAGCUUGUUAUCGUUGUUAGAUCUCGUGGAGGUGAAGAAAGUUUCGACCUUUGGUGAGUUCGCCGUUGCUUUGGAUCCGGUGAGGUCGUCGGUGAAGAAAAAGGCACCGGAAUUGGUGGUUGGGAGCGGCGACGCGGAGAAAGUUCCGAGCUUUAGGGUUUUCGAGAUUGUCCGGCGGCGGAGAUGAUGCGCUCUUUCUUGAGACCGCUGGAGCGGUGCUUCGGGAGGCUUGGCGGAGGAGAUGGCUUGAUGUGGCAUAUGGACCUUAAGCCGCACGCGUCCGGCGAGUUCUCGAUCGCCGUCGUGCAAGCGAACAACUCCCUCGAGGACCAGGGCCAGGUGCUGACCUCCCCUUCCGCUACCUUCGUCGGCGUCUACGAUGGCCACGGUGGCCCCGAGGCGUCUCGCUUCGUCAGCAAUCGCCUCUUCCCCCAUCUCGAUCGGUUCGCUUCGGAGCAAGGCGGCGUAUCGGCGGAGGUGAUCAAGAAAGCCUUCGACGCGACGGAGGAGGAGUUCACGCACCUGGUGAAGCGAUCUUGGCCGUCGCGGCCGCAGAUCGCAUCGGUGGGAUCCUGCUGCCUCGUCGGCGCCAUCACAGGCGACACCCUCUUCGUAGCCAACCUGGGAGAUUCCCGCGCCGUGCUCGGCCGCCGGGUCAGGAGCAGGAAGGCCGUAGUCGCUGAGCGUCUGUCCACCGACCAUAACGUCGCCGUGGAGGAAGUGAGAAAGGAGCUCGCCGAGCUGCAUCCCGAUGAUAAACAGAUCGUCGUCCACACCCGAGGCGUCUGGCGAAUCAAAGGAAUCAUUCAGGUUUCAAGGUCCAUUGGUGAUAUCUACCUCAAGAAACCAGGAUUCAGUAGAGAUCCCUUAUUCCAACAGUUUGUGGCACCUCUUCCCUUGAAGAGGCCUGUCAUCACUUCGGAGCCGUCAAUUCAGAUUCGCAAGCUUACUCCGCACGAUUUGUUUCUCAUAUUUGCAUCUGACGGGCUCUGGGAGCAGCUAAGCGAUGAAACUGCAGUCGAUAUAGUAUUCAAGAACCCCAGAGCAGGCAUCGCGAAGAGACUGGUUCAUGCCGCCCUGAAUGAGGCCGCGAGGAAGAGGGAGAUGAGAUACGGCGAUAUAAAGAAAAUUGAGAAAGGUGUAAGGCGACACAUUCACGAUGACAUUACCGUGAUAGUGAUCUAUCUCGAUCAAAGCUGCCAAGAGAGUCGCCCCAGGUUCAAAGGCAGCCAUUACGACUGCACCGACACCCCAGCAGAUAUCUUCGCCUCCAAUUCUAAUGAGAAUUGAAGCAGUACACACUGCUUUCAUUGUGAAUAACAACUACCUGUAUCUGAACAGCAACAAGAGGGUGUAGAUUUUAGGAAUUCAUGAGGCUUCUGGCAUUGUUAUUUACAUGAACAUUGUAGGCAGGAUCAUUUGGAAGUUAUUCUUGUUAAAGAUGAUAUCA